AGUCCAAAAAUAAACGUCAAAAUAUUCAAAAAAGUGGAAAAAGUUUUGUAUUUUAACGUCCAAUACGCGUGCAUAAUUUCCGUUGUACUCUAAAAAUCAGAUAACGUUUCGAUUAAUCGAUUAACAUAGUUGCUAAUACAUCACACACUCUACCAUAAUUGUAAAGGUUUUCCGGAAUAUGGAGGUUUACGAGUUUGAAAAGAGUCUACUCACUCGACUACAAGAAGCACACGACAUUCUUAGCGCCCGCGGAAUUCCGAUAGUGGCAUCCGCUGUUCGAAACGAAUGGGCUAACUACAUUGAAAUAGCAAUAGAACCAACGGGAUGGCAAUCACUCUGGCGAAUUCCGCGGGUAGUUUGUGAGGAACUUUCAGUUAAAUAUCCAACCGUCGUGAUGGGGACCGUAGAACAGGUGCUGUUUGAUGAAUUAAAAGCUAUAUUCCUAAUUGAAGCGGUUCAGGAUGACGUGCAUUUGCCGGACAAACAGAUAGUGUCUUUAGAGGAACUUUGGCCGCUGAAGGAGCAGGAAAACAAUGCUCUAAAUGUUGAUCGAACGGCAAAUUGUUUAGAUCAGUUGAGGUUUUUCUAUCAACACAUUUGGAUGCCGUGGGAUAACGACGAUGAUGACGAACGGAAUGACUGGGCUGAAAAACAUUUGGAAGGAAGGAUCAAAUUUUACUAUGACUUGAAGAAUAAGAGCAUGUCGAAGCGAUUAUCAUCGCAUAUUAUGGCUUUGCUGGCCGAGGCUAACUAUAUUCAAAAAAAGAGAGAGAUGCUAGAUGCGGAAGAAGAGGAAAACAAAAAUCAGUCUGACGAUGAGGAUUUGCUUCGACAAAAUAAAGCCAGUGAUUUGAUGGAGAUUUAUCUGAGAUUGAACUAUAUUAAGAACGAAGUUGAAAUCUUGGAGAACCCAGCGAUGAGAGAAAUUUAUGAAAAGGUUCGAUUUUCGGAUGAAAUCAGCUAUUUUGAAAGAUCAAAUGUUCAUAAUGAAGCUUCUGCGGAUGUUUUCGUUGUAACUCACAUCGGAACAGUGGAUCAACAAAUCGAAUACUUGACCAAAGCGAAGUUGACUAUUGAUGAGAAUAAAGUCGUCCGGAUUUGUGAUUCCCUCCAGGGGGCUUUAGAAAGGUGCAAACCUUCUGAUAAACUUUAUUUGCCACCUGGUAGGCAUUUAAUCAAGUUUCUAGAAUACCUCAACAAUGGGGGAGCGAUAAGGGCAAUCAGUCCUGUUCGUUUCGUGGAAAUCUUUGAAAGUAAAAAGAUGGAGUCGGUUGAAGAGAAAGCUAUUAUGAGUUCCAAAGAUGAUAAUAGUGUGCUGAUUACAGUCGACGGAGAUUACUGCUUUGAAAAUGUAAUGCUGGACUGUAUCAAUGUUCGUACCGGUGUGCUAGUGAAACGGGGAAAUGUCACGUUUAAAAACUGUUACUUUAUGGGAGAUGCAAAUUCAACGACAAAGCAGGGCAUUGUUGUUUUCGGCAAUUCUAGUAUUCGUUUCGAUGAUUGUGUCAUAAAGGAUUUUUCAGUCGGCAUUUAUUCGAAUCAUAAUUGUAGGAUUCUACUUUCUAACAGUAUCAUUCACAAUUGUAUCAACGGCAUCGAGGUUCUGCAUGGUUGUACUGUUAGUUUUCUUUCGUCCAAAAUUAACCAAUGCAAAGACUACGGAGUUUCGCUGGAAGUUGAUGAUCUACAAACCUUCAGCACAGGUGAAACUUGUUGCACUUACAGCGACUACAACCAAAUUGAGCGCCCGGAGUUUAAGUUUGAAGGAUCGUGCCUUUUUAGUGGCAAUGGAAGAUCAAAUUUCGUGAUUUUCAAAAGCAAUAAUGGUGAAUUUAACAAUUCGUGCUUUGUCGAGGAGCAGCGUCAGGAAAAAUGUCGAGAUUCGUUGAACCCCGCUAUGGUGGCUAAUGUAAGUAGCACUCUUUUCUAUACAGCACUUGAAGCCGACAGUUCAGAUCACUCUUGGAAACACUUGUCAAGAUCCAUCGGAUCAGACGACCGUGACGGUACGGACGAACUGAACAACGGACAUUUAACCGAAAGCAUGGACGAAGAAAUAUGUCAGUCCAGAUGUGAUCCCGAUGAAAAAUCUAAUUUAUUAGAAGGUUUAGUUUUAAGCGAGUGUGAAGAGUCGUCGGAUUCUGUGGAGGAAUCGCUCGAAAUAAUAGAGAUUAACGAUACUGUAAUAGAUGUUGAUUAGUCUAGUUGAAUAAAAUGGAAUGUUUGAUUUGUGCUCGUGACAUGGGUGUUCUAAUAUUUCAGAG